UUCAUCUGUCUGCGCAAACCGUCUGGGCUCCAUGUGUAACACACGCCUCUGUACGCUUACGUAAUUAUAUAUUGUUUCUAAGUAACGGGGUGACCGGCAGGGGAAGUGGUAAAACCCUUUUGGAUAAACAGCUAGCUGGUGCUACAAAGAAAACUGCUUUAAAAGACUUACAAAAUCAAAAUGGAAGGCAGUUAACUAAACUUGGAGACAGUUCACUAAUAUUGGGCAAAAAACUUGGAGCAGAUGGAACAAGAGUUUGCGGCAGUAAGAGGCUCACACCCGAGAGCCCUUCAAGUCCCGUUUGCCACAUGUCAUUAGCCAGUAAUGGUGCAAGUGAGCAUAUAAUCAAUGCUCGGAGACGGUUUGAAUUAGAACUGGGUAGGGGAAGAGUCCAAAACGAUUUAGACAAAUAUGUAGAUUUAAUACCUCCAAAGCGUAACGAUGUUCAUCAGAUGCCGAAUCAAUCGAAGGAGAACAAUAUCAGCGAUGCCUCUAUAACUAUGCCCUAUAAUAAUAUCACUUACUCACAGAGUAGAGCACAAGUUUCCCUUUUAGAUGGCAAGGCUAAUACGGCCCCACUGUUUGAGAGAGCUGAUUCUGCUCAUAAGUUUAUCUCAGAUAACUCUCAUUCAGUUGAGUUCAAGGUGGCUGAUGAUCAGCUCCGGACAGAACGUUUUGCUCGUCUCCAUAAAUUACUGAAGAAGUGUGAUGAGUCUAGCUAUUGCGAUUACACUCAGAUGCUUCUACGUCUAUCCCCUAGUGAACUCAGCAGACACGCUGUUGAUCUGGAAAAAAGGGCCAUCCAAUUGGUGAUAGAUGAAGGAAAGGAAAUAAACCGGGGGAAAAUGUUAAAUAUUCUCCGAAAGUCUCCUCCAGAUUCCACACCUUUGCAAACAGCACAACUGCUUCAGCCCAAACAUGAAUAGUUACAGGAAAUUAUUUUACAUCCUGUUGGUGAAAGACUCUCGCCUUAUACUUUGUUUCUGACGGGGGAGGGGGACACAAUCCUCCUAGAAAUGCUUUUGGGCAUAUGCAGUGAGAUCAAUUAUAGUCACAUACUCACAUGGAGGGAGUGAGGUUUUGGUUUUUGCAGCACAAGCAAAUUACUCCGGUAGUACAUCUUCUCAGGUUGAAUGUGUGUUUACAUCUUUUCGCUACAUAUUUUUAUUUCCUUUAAUCUCUCUCUGUUCAGUCCAGUGCCCAAAUGGGAAAGCUAUAAGCUUACUCCCUCACAAUUGUUAGUCAGUGCAAAUGUGCAAUAAACAUUUACCCUAGUCAUAUUAGACUCAAAUUAUUAGUUUUCUCAUAAAUUGAUACUUAAAUCCACAUUGAUUAUUAUUUUUGCUCUUUACUUGUGUGGGCAAUACCAUAAACUUCAAGGUAUUAGGCUACUUGUGAUUUAAAGGGAUUGUUGUGCCC